UGCCUUCUGCAUCGCCUCAGCUGCCCUCUUAAACCUCCGCGCCGCCCACGAGCUACCAAAGACGUCCCACAUCGCGCAUCCAAGCUCCCCACACCCGCCCGCCCGCAAAGAACAGCAGCACGCGAAUAUCGCACCCGCCGUCAAAGUGUUUGCCUCAACGCUCCGCCGGGCGUCCUCCUCACGGUUCAUUUCCCUCCUCUCCGUCCCAAUCGCCGCAGCGGCGUCUCCGACCCAACGCAUUCCGCCUGCCGCGGGGCUUUCAUCCGCUUCGAGGCAGCCCUCGUCGCCUAGAAUAGACUCGCGGAGGAUGCAUUCAAAAGUAGUCAUCAUUGGCUCUGGGCCAGCAGGCCACACCGCCGCCAUAUAUGCCGCCCGAGCGGACCUGAAUCCCGUCAUGUACGAGGGUUUCCUCGCACUCGGAAUCGCGGCCGGCGGACAGUUAACAACUACCGAUGAGGUAGAGAACUAUCCCGGAUUCACAAAAAUCCAGGGCGGAAAGCUUAUGGAACAAAUGCGCGAGCAGUCCGAAGCCUGCGGCACCGAGAUCAUUUCCCAGACCGUCGCCAAAGUCGACCUGAAAUCGCGCCCCUUCAAGUACUGGUUACACCCCAUGGGAGAGGACGAAGAGAUUGAGGAAGAGACCCACACCGCCGACUCUCUGAUUAUUGCAACCGGCGCAAAAGCACGAAGACUGGACCUCCCCGGCGAGUCUAAAUUCUGGGGCAACGGUGUUUCCGCCUGCGCGGUCUGCGACGGCUCCCUCCCCAUGUUCCGCGACCAGCCGCUAGUCGUUAUCGGGGGUGGUGAUUCUGCUGUUGAAGAGGCGCUAUAUCUGACGAAGAAAGCAAAGAAGGUCACUGUUCUCGUACGGAGGGACAAGCUCCGAGCCGGCAGGACAAACGCGCGCCGAUUAACUACACACCCGAAGAUUGAGAUCAAGUACAACACGAACGCGGUCGAGAUCAAAGGCGAGGAGAAGAAGCACGGCCUCAUGACGCAUCUAGUUAUCAAAAACAACGUCACCAAAGAGGAGCAGACGAUCGAAGCUCGAGGACUCUUUUACGCCGUGGGCCACGACCCCGCGACCCAGCUAUUCAAGGGCCAGCUCGACAUGGACGAGGACGGCUAUCUUAUCACAACGCCCGGACGAGGCUUGACCAGCGUCGAAGGCGUUUUCGCAGCAGGUGACGUCCAAGACAAGCGAUACAGACAAGCUGUCACAAGCGCAGGGUCUGGCUGCAUCGCCGCGCUCGAAGCGGAAAAGUGGCUCGCCGACCAAGACGAGAGCAUAACGAACGAGCUCGAAGUCGAGAACCAGGCCGAGAAGUCCCAGGUCAACGGCGUCGUGCCCGAAUACCGCUCAAACCCGCUCUUGUGAGCAGGUUUCCCUAUAUUGCGUCCUGCCUUGCUUCUAAGCGACCGUGUUCUAUCUCUCUCGAUACUCGCAAAAGUCCCUUUCUCAUCUCCACCUCAACUCUACUAUCCCCUCCGUCACAUCUCUCAACACAUCUCCGUUCGAUUGGCAUCCUAGGAGCUCCUUGCAUACCCCUCUCGUGGGUCUUCCCCAACAACAUCUCUGUGAAUAGUUCUCUCCGAAUUGCCCUCGUGAGAGGGAGGCAAAUGUUUUCUUUUCCGUUUGGCCUGGAGCGGGCGCGAUAGACUUUAGUGAAGGAUUUCAUGGCUUGCUCGCUUGUUUCUGUGGCUUGAGCCCCUUGCGUUAUGGCUCGCCGAUCUGAUCUGGCAUGGCAUAUGGCAUAGACUUGAGCUAGCCUGGU